GGCUUCCGCAUGUCGGGGCCGCGGCGGGUGGCUCUGCUGGGACUCGGGCUGCUCCUGUCCAGGGCGGCGGCCGCGGGACACUGUCCGGCCCGGCUCUGCCCGCCUCCCCGCGCCAUGCAGAGCCCCGCGCCCGGCCUGAAGUUCCUGGGGCAGAGAGAAGCCCAGGCCAUCGACCAGGAGCUCUUUGAGGAGUACAGAUUCAGCGUGGACCAGCUGAUGGAGCUGGCGGGUCUCAGCUGCGCCACGGCCAUUGCCAAGGCAUACCCAGCCAGCACCUUCACCCUCAGCCAGCCAGCAGUGCUGAUCGUCUGUGGCCCUGGGAACAAUGGCGGAGAUGGACUAGUUUGUGCCCGUCAUCUGAAAAUGUUUGGCUAUGAGCCGACCCUCUACUAUCCCAAACGCCCCAACAAGCCACUUUUUGAAGGUUUGAGCACCCAGUGUAAGAAAAUGGAGAUCCCGUUCCUCCCAGAGUUUCCCUCUGAAGCUGCCCUCAUCGACGAGGUCUACGGCCUGGUGGUGGAUGCCAUCUUUGGGUUCAGCUUCCAAGGCGCUGUGCGGGAACCUUUUGGUACCAUCCUGAGCACCUUGAAGAAGGUGACCAUCCCUGUGGUCAGCAUCGAUAUUCCUUCCGGCUGGGACGUGGAGAAGGGGAAUCCUGACGGGCUGCAGCCGGACAUGCUGAUCUCACUCACAGCCCCUAAGAAGGCGGCCCGCCACUUCCAGGGGCGCUACCAUUUCCUGGGGGGCAGGUUUGUGCCCGAGGCCCUGCAGAAGAAGUAUGCACUCAACCUGCCACCCUACCCAGAGACAGACUCUGUUCUGCGCCUCACCUAGAGCUGGCCCAGACCCAUCUGCUGAGGGGGGAGGGGGGCCUGGGGCUGUAGGGGGCAGUUCUGCAGAUCCACCCCUUCCCCCCCACCAUGAGCACAGAGGGGGUCUUGCUCCCAGAGCCAGCGAGAGGCUGGCUUGAUUGUCUUUCAGAUCCAUGCAAGGGAGCAGCUCUUUGUUAGUCUCUCGAGGAGGCUUAGUUGACGCUUUAUAUAAAUUUUGUCUUCCUUGAAUAAAAAUAUGCUGGGGAAAAA